UACGCUGUCCUGCAUGUGGGGGCGUAUAUUUUAAAUAUUUAAGAAAGCUUCCAGAUUUCUCUUCGACAUAAACAGACCUACACUGUUCAAGAUGAUCAAAAGGAAUAGCAUGCAGGCUCUCUUCAUUGCAGUUUUCGUACUGAACGGAAUUGGUGAGGCAAUGGCAGAGUACAAACGAGUUUGCUAUUACACAAAUUGGGCACAGUACCGACCGAAUCCUUUUAAGUAUUUCCCAGAAGAUAUUGACCCAUUUCUCUGUACGCAUAUUAUCUACUCUUUCGGAAAAGUUAGUGGACUCAUAAUCAAGCCGUAUGAAUGGAACGACGAAAGCACAUCAUGGUCAAAAGGCAUGUUUGAGAGGACAAUGGCAGCAAAAACAACGAAUCCAGAUUUGAAAAUUCUGAUUGCCAUUGGAGGAUGGAACCAUGGGUCUGGUCCAUUCACAACCGUGGUUGAUAAUAAAAACGAUAUUGACACGUUUGCUGGAAAUUCCAUCGAUUUCCUGAGAAAGCAUAAUUUUGACGGGUUAGAUUUGGAUUGGGAAUAUCCAGGAAAUAGAGGAAGUCCACCUGAAGAUAAACAAAGGUUUACACAACUUGUUAAUAUACUUAGAAAGGAGUUUGAAAAUGAGGCUCAAUCAUCUGGAAGAGAAAGAUUGUUAUUAACUGCAGCCGUUGCCGCCGGAAAGGGAACAGUAGAUUCAGCGUACGAAAUCUCAAAAAUAGCGGCUGAUCUAGAUUUCAUCAAUUUAAUGGCUUAUGACCUUCAUGGUUCAUGGGAAAAGAAAACCGGACACAACAGUCCGCUGUAUGCUAGAAACGACGAAACAGGAGACGAACGAACGCUAAAUCAGGACUGGGCUGCUCAGUAUUGGGUAGAUCAAGGAACGCCAAAAGAAAAACUCAUUCUUGGAAUUGGCACGUAUGGCAGAUCAUUUAAGUUGUCAAGUUCCUCAAACACUAGAUUUGGUGCAGCAACUGCUGGUGGAGGAUCUCCAGGAAAAUAUACGCGGGAAAAAGGCUUUCUAAGCUACUAUGAGGUUUGUUCAAGCGGAUGGACAACAGCAUGGAAUGAUGAGCAUCAAGUUCCAUAUGCAUAUUCUGGAGAUCAGUGGGUUGGAUACGACAACGUUCGAAGUGUAACGAUAAAAGCAAAGUAUAUUAAAGAGAAGGGACUAGGAGGUGCUAUGUUUUGGGCUCUUGAUUUGGACGACUUCACAGGGGAUGCAUGCGAUGAAGGCGUUUAUCCAUUGAUAUCAGCUGUAACAAAUGAACUCACGACAAAUGACUCACCCACACCAAAACCAGUAACUACAACCUCACCAAGCUCACGUCCUCAACCGUCAACAGGUUUCCACAGAGUAUGUUACUUCGACAACCAGGCACAAUAUAUCAAAAGUCCGUAUAAGUUUACUGCAACACAAAUAGAUGUAAACCUGUGUACUCAUAUAAUCUAUAAAUAUGCUAAAAUAGUAGGAACUGAAAUCAUGCCUACAGAAAUUAAUGAUUUAGGAAAUAGUGGUCAGUAUGCCGAAGUUAAAAGACUAAGACGGCUUAAAUCUGAUAUAAAGAUCCUUCUUGGAAUCAAUUCAGAAAUGGCAGACCCAUUUAGUCAAAUAGCACAAACUGCUGAAAGUAUGGAAGAAUUCGUUGUUAACUUACUACUUUUUGUAAGAAAGAAUGAUUUUGAUGGUAUUGAUCUGAUGUUUGACUUCCAAGGUUCUCCUGGUAACAAGGCCAAAUUCACAGACCUGAUUAAGUCAAUACGCCAGUUAUUUGACUUGGAUGCAAACACCAUGAGUCGUCGUCCCUUGAUUAUAUCAGCACGAGUAUCACCGUUUGAAGUUGAUGCUACUUCUCGAUACGAUGUUGCUUCUUUGAGUCAAUAUCUGAACUUUGUCAAUCUUGCUUCAUUCAACUUUAACAGAGAUUACAAAUAUAAUAUUGUUCAUGGAAGUGCUCUCGAUGCUGAUAAAUCGAAUUCGUUCACAAAUAAUCUGAAUGUGAAAACAUCCAUAAACGUGUGGCUUAAAGCUGGUUUACCUAGAAACAAACUGGUAGUUGGAAUACCUGCUUAUGGUAAUACAUACGAAGCUUUACCGGGAGCACACAUGAUAGGAGCUACUGCAUUUGGACUGGGAAAGGAGGGGCAAUGGAGCCGUCAGGAAGGAAAACUGGCCUAUUAUGAAGUUUGCAAGAAUAUUGGUAGCUACUGGACUCGAGUUAUGGACACCACACAAGGCGUACCUCAUUCAUAUUAUUCUAAUCAGUGGGUUGGGUAUGAUGAUAUGAGCAGCGUACAACGAAAGAUUGAGUACAUUUUGCAAGAAAAAUUGCUUGGAGUAAUGAUUGAUGAUUUAGGAAUGGACGACUUUGCUGAUAAUUGUGGUGAUGGCAGAUUUCCAUUAUUGUCAAAAAUUAACGACGUUGUUUCAAAGACGACAACCCUAACACCAAUAAGACCUACAUUUGGUCCUUUUACAGCCCGCCCUACAACUACCAAAGCAACUACAACAACUACCAGGACGACAACAAAACCAAGACCAACAACCACAACACCCAGAAAAACAACGACUCAACAAUCUGUUAAAUGUGGCAUAAAUGGUCCAAUGCCAUGUAAACAUGGAGCAUUCUAUGCAGAUACAUGUGACAACAAUGUUUUCUAUCAAUGUGUAAGGGGGAGACCUAUGAAACAACGUUGUAAUCGGGGUCUUGUGUGGAACCAAGCAGGAUUUUGUGACUGGGCAUAAAAGUUAUUCAAGAAUUCGACUUUGUAAUAUUAGAUUGAGAACAUAUGAUUAAGUAUAAGUUGUAACCAAAGCACGAGUAACUAUAUUUCAAGAUGUAUUCAAUUUGUUCGUUUUUUUCAUGUCAA